AUGGACCCUGUCUUGCCAUAUCGCCUAGAAUGGCGGGCCGACAACGAAAAGCGAUCUGGCAAGCCUGACUCACGUCUCUGUCGGGUGCCGACGGAUGGAGGCGGUGAGGGGUUCUGGACUUCCGACAAAAUCAUAGAAGGCAAGAAGGAGCCUUGGUUCCGUGUCAUGGCCGCGUUGCUCAUGAAAGCUCUAGACGGAGGUGAUGGUAUCUGGCUCGGCGUAGAUGAUCAGGCGGAGGUCACGAUGACUGGAGACUUUGGGGUAGUUGUGAAUGAGCUUGUAACUCGCAAAGCGAGUGAAAUCUUGAUCAUGAACUAUUCUUUCGGGUUUGUACUCAGGUUGAGCCAGAAAGAAACCUUGGGUAAUGGAGACAUCCGUUUCCACCUCAAGGCAUCCCCUAUGGCUGGGCAUGUGGGGCAAGUUGUCGACUUCAGGCCCAAUGGCAGAGUUUUUGAACCCAUCUACAAGCAUGCAUCUCUCCUCACCGAUAAAGUCUUGGGGCCCCGGCGCGCUUUCGGUCUGCCUUCUUCGCCUUCUGAAGAUUGA